AUGCGACAUUUGAGAGCAAAACAUCCCAAUUCGGAAAUAGUAUCCUCCUUUAAGAAAAAUUUCGAAGGUUCCAAAGUCAAGAAGCGAGCUAAAAAAGCCAAGAAUUUGGUUAAUGUUGCAAAAAUUGCUAUGCAAUCCGUUAAGAAGAAUUUGGCUAAACCAAAACAAUCGAACAUUGAUGUUGAAGCUAAUUUAAAGGUGAAAAAUAAUACCGAUGUGAAACAAGAAAAUAUGAAUACCAAUGUUGAAUUAUACACACUUAAUAACAACAUUGGAGAUAUUUUUUAUCGGUCGUCUUGGAAUCCAUGGGAAAAUAGGACAACAGCAGGAUUGACUGCCGAUGGCAAACAUGUAUGUGCAGGUUGUUUGAAGGAGUACAAGUAUCGUUCCCAUAUGCUGCGACAUCAAAAAUACGAAUGCGGCAAGGAACGAAAUAUGCAAUCUCUAGAAUUCGACCGGUAUUUGUUACCAUCAACUAUGGAUGAUUCCAACUAUCAGCACAUGUCAUCAACAAGGCAAGAAAUAUUAGUUUCAGGAGAAAUCGCUAUUUUUCCGGUUGCUUCAUCCAAACCAACACCAAAGCCAAAUCAGUCUGCAAUAGAGUUAUUGGACUCCAAACCAACACCCAAGCCGAAUCAGUCUGCAAUUGAAUUAUGGGACUCUAUUCGGCCACACAAAUGUGGAAAAUGCGGAGUGAGUUAUAAGAGAAAGUCUAAUUUGAAGCUGCACAUAAGAACUAAUUGUUUCCAGAACAGAAGAUUUAAAUGUUCCUUGUGCUCAUAUCGUACAUGCAGAAAUGGAGACUUGAAAGUUCAUUACGAACAAAUGUAUUCUCACUAUUACCCAUUGGAGACGACCAACAUAAAUGGUCCUUCUCAAGGACCUUCUCAGGACAUAUUCAGUGAUGUGCGACCACAUAAGUGCAUCAAAUGUGGGGCCGCUUAUAGGCAUAAGACGAACUUGGCUGCACAUAUAAAAAAUAAUUAUCAGUCGUUUGGCGCGCCUUUUCCGAUUAAAAUGGACCCGGAUAUGCAGCAUUUUAAUUCUACUUCAAAUUCAUUGAAUAAUUCACUUAUACCUUUCAUGUGUGGCGAAUGUGGAAAUGCUUAUAAAUAUAAAGGAGACUUAAGUGCACAUGUGCGCAAAUUGAAGUUCACCGCACAUUCCUUGAUUGACAUUGAUUCUGGUGUGCAAAAAUUGGAUUCGACUCCAAAUUCAUCAAAUAAAUCUCUUAAACCUUACAUGUGUGGUGAAUGUGGCACUUCAUAUAAAAAUAAAUGCAAUUUAGUCGAUCAUGUUCGAUUUGACUCCUACGAGUUCGUGAAUGUUGAAAAGAAACCUUUUGAUCUUUUCGCCGAAAAUGCUUCAGAUGGUUCUCGUUUACUUAAACCUUUUAUGUGUGGCGAGUGUGGUGCUGGAUAUACAUACAAAACAGAUUUAAAUAGACAUUUAAAAACCAAAUGCAAUCAGAAUAAAGGAUUCGGUUGCCAGUUUUGUCCAUAUCGCAGUUACAGAAGAGCUAACUUUAAAAGUGGAAUUCGAGGGAUUUCACCAAGAUUUGAGAAAUUUGGAUUGAAUCUAGACGGGGUCUGGAUCUCACGUCCCGGAUCUAAAGUGAGGUUAUAUCGUACUGGAACGGGAGUAGAUCAAAAAUUGAAGUUUACCUUUUAUAAUUUGGAGAACCUUGAAUCGGGUGUACAGCAAUUGGAUUCGACUCUGAAUUCAUCAAAUAAAACUCUUAAACCUUAUAUGUGUGGUGAAUGUGGAUUUGACUUCAACUACUUUGUGAAUGCCGAAAAGAAAUUUUCUCAUUUUUUGGUCGAAAACGAUUCAGAUGGUUCUCACAUUGGCAAACCUUUUAUAUGUGGCGUGUGUGGUGCUGGAUAUACAUAUAAAACAGAUUUGAAUAAACACAUAAAAAGCAAAUGCAAUCAGAACAAAGAGUUCGGUUGCCAGUUUUGCUCAUAUCGCAGUUACAGAAGUUCGAUUUUGCAAAAUAAUAGUUUGAUUCCUUUUGGAUUUAUCGAUGAUCACACAUCCAGAUUCGUAUGUGGAAAAUGUGGAAGUAGCUACAAGCAUAAGAAAAAUUUGAAUACCCAUAUUAAAAACAAUUGCAACACAUCAAGCAACUAUGAGUGCCCUAAAUGCCCUUAUAAAAGUUGUAGAAGAAACCGAAUCAAGGAACAUUAUUUACGUAUGCACAAUAACUUUUAUUACCAAAAUCAAGAGAAUAUCUAUACUGGAUUGGAUCCUAGACCACACAAGUGUCCAAAAUGCGGAGCAGCUUAUAAACAUGCAAAUAAUCUUACAUCACAUAUUUCAAAAUUUUGGAAAUCGACUGAACCAAACACUGAAUAUAAUGCAUUCCACGAGUUUGUUCUAAAUCCAUUAAUUGAUGGAAGGCGACCAUACAAGUGUGACAAAUGCGGAUUGGCAUAUAGUCGUCAUAGCAGUUUUGUUCAACAUUUAAAGAUGGAUUGCGAAAAUGCAAGAUACGAAUGUCCUCACUGUUCUUAUGUAUCUGGUAGAAAUUCGAAUUUGAAAAGACAUCUACUAGUGCAUAGGAAUAGUUUUCUUAAUUUCAAAACAGAUUUUCCACUAUCACUAGUUGAGGUUUAUAAUGCUGCAAUCAACUCAGAUACCUCUGGCAGAAUCCACGUAUGUGAAAAAUGCGGAGUGGCUUACAAACAUAAAAGUAAUUUGGCAAACCAUAUUUCUACAAAUUGCAAUCAGCUCAGGAAACAUAGAUGUACACUUUGUCCUUAUGCCUCACAUCUCCCAUGGCGUUUCGGUAAACGACUAUUAGGAUACAUGAAUUCUCAUUCCCAGGCUGUUCAAGUACUCUCAUCGAUGCAAGAAGCUCCUGAGGAGUACAAAUGUCCAAAUUGUACGAAAGUUUACAAAAGUCAGAGUGGAUUGUACACCCAUAGACACUACGAAUGUGGAAUCGAACCACAAUUUAGAUGUUUGCAAUGUCCUUAUAGGACACAUCAUAAACAUAGUCUCAAACGACAUUAUAGACUGAAACAUAAUUUGACGGUGGCGGUUCUUCAACCACGGCAUACCAGUGUUGAUUGUGAAUAUAGAAACUUAUUUCAAUGUGCUUUAUGUCCACAUUCGAGUAAAAGAAAAUAUAAUUUAAAAAUGCACAUUUAUACUAGACAUUCGAAAAGUCAUGCCCUCGCAGCCAAGCCCCUGGUCGAACGCUGGUGGAACUUCGUAAGUCUUGCUCGCCGCGGCGUCACAGCAGCAGCCGUGCCUGACCUGGCGACUCUUGCUGCAGCAGGUGCUGGUGUUGGCUUCAACCCUUCUGCCGUGAUGCGGAAACAGCGAGAACGCAGACACGGGGUAGUUACCGCCACUGGAUCUGUGGUAUACCCCUGCGAAAAAUGCGGCAAAGUUUACAAGCACUCUGUCAGCAAAAUCAGACAUACCAAAUUCGAAUGUGGGAUGGAACCUAUGUUCAAGUGUCAGCAUUGUCAUUAUGCUGCUCACCAGAAAAGCACUUUGAAGAACCAUGUUAUGAAUAAGCAUACGCGUUUCCAAAUGGUAGUCUUCAAACCCUACCAAUGUCCAGAUUGUGGGAAUUGCUUUGCAUCUCGUCAAAGUCGUUAUAUGCAUAAAAAAUUCAAAUGCGGAAAAGAAACCGGCGAAUUUUCCUGUGAUUUAUGCGAUUAUCGUGCCUUUUUUAAAGGAAACCUCAAAAAGCACUUAAUCUCUGUACAUCACACUGAUAAGCAGAAUAAUUAA